AUGUGUAAAACUGAAGAGGAAUCCCUCCACCAUUUGUUCUUCAAAUGCUCUAAAGUUCAGCAAGUCUGGAAUCUCUUGUUACCUAAACUGAAACUUAAUACUAUUCAGUUGUCCUGGGAUGAUUUUAAUAUAAGCUGGAAAGACUUGCAGGAUCAAUCUCUCCCUCCCAUCCCUUAUAUCAUUGCUUGGUUUGUUUGGAUGGCCAGAAAUAAGCUGAAAUUUGAUGAAGCCCAAGUGGAUGCCACUGUCAUUGCCACUAAUUGCAAUAGCUAUCUACAGAAAUUGUACUGUCAUAGGAAACUUCCUGAAAUCCUAUGCACUACCUCCCUCAACUGUUCAAGGAAAUUUCAAACUAUUUAUGUUCAUUGGAGCUGCCCUCCUAAGGGUUGGGUCAAAGUCAACAGUGAUGGAAGCUUCAUUUCUCUUAAUGCAGGUGUUGGUGGGGUUUUCAGAAAUGCUAGAGGUGAAUGUCAACCAUAUUUUCAGUCUCCGACCAGGGCUGAGGACCCUUUGGAAGCUGAAGCCAAACUAUUUAUUGUACAUUGUUCAUGGCCAAAAAGUGUAGCUGGAAUCAAUUAA